GCGGAGCGGCACGGCGGCGCCGAGCCCCGCGGGCGGCUCCCCGAGGGCGUCGAGUACAUCCCGCGGCGCAAGGGCAAGAACCCCAUGAGGAUGGUGGGGGUGGCCUGGUACAGCCURUACUCCCGCACCCGCCUCGGCUACCUCUUCUACAGGCGGCAGGUGAAGAAGGCCCGCGAGCGCUACCCGCACGGCCACUCCGUCCCCGAGCCCGUGGGCUUCGGCGCGGUGAAAAUCCUGCCCAUCCCCGUGCUCUCCAACAACUACAGCUACCUGGUCAUCGACACAAGCUCUGGGCGAGCGGCCGUCGUCGACCCUUCCGAUCCGCUGGCCGUGCAGGCUGUCAUUGAAGAAGAGGGGGUGCUGCUGGAGGCCAUCCUCUGCACCCACAAGCACUGGGACCACAGCGGGGGCAACGCGGCGCUGCGCCAGCGGCACGGCGCCUGCAAGGUGUACGGCAGCGCCCUCGACGCCGUGCCGGAGCUCACCAACCCCCUGGCGCACAGGGAGAGGCUGAGCGUGGGCUGCCUGAGCUUCGAGGCGCUCGCCACGCCGGGCCACACCGUGGGCCACGUGGCCUACGUGCUGGACGCGGCGCCCUUCGGCGGCCCGCGCUGCCUCUUCUCCGGAGACCUGCUCUUCCUGGCCGGCUGCGGCAGGCUCUUCGAGGGCUCCGCGGAGACCAUGCUGGCCUCCCUGGACGCGGCCGUGGGCCUGGGGGAGGACACGCUGCUGUGGCCGGGCCACGAGUACGCGCUGGAGUGCCUGGGCUUCGCCCGCCUGCUCGAGCCCGACAACGCGGCGCUGCAGCGCAAGCUGCGCUGGGCCGCGCAGCGGCGGCACCACGCCAGGAGCACCUGCCCCUCGAGCCUGGGCGAGGAGCAGAGCUACAACCCGUUCCUGCGCACGCACCGCCGCGAGCUGCACGAGGCGCUGGGGCUGGCGCGCGGCGGCGGCGAGGCCCGCGACGCCUUCCGCGCCCGCGUGCUCGCCGAGCUGCGCCGCCGCAAGGACCUCUACAAAGCCCCCUAG